AUGUCUGCUGGCCUCUUGGACCCGCUCCCGCCGUCGACGCCAACGAGUUCAAAUGCAUUUCCGCGUCCAUCGGCCACGGGAUUCCUGAGCAAGUCGCAGGAAAACGUGCUCGACGCUGCGCUGCCGCAGAGCGUCUCCCGCCCAAACUCGCGCAGAUCGUCGCGCAUCUUUACGAGCAAUUUCCCGCUGCGAGAGGAUUCAUUUGGAUCGUACUAUGGCAUCAACCACUUUAACAAUACGUGGGCAGACUCGCCCGUUUCACUGGAUUCACCCACCCACCGAUCCCGCACACCCGUCUCUGCCACCUCGCCUGCAACGGCAAGGCAAAAGGAGACCAGUCAGAUUGGCAGUCUCUGGGGCGUGAGCUCGAUUGGCCGCGGCUUUGACUGGACCUGGAGCCAGGAGCCUGAGCCUGUCAAGAUUGAAGAAGAAAUUGCAGACGAAAAGAAUAAAGACGAAGAUGGAGAUGUCGUCCAGCCGCUGCCACGACGUCCUGGAGGCUUGGUGCUCGCUAAUCGCUCACUCUCUCUCGACGCCGUCCAAGCAAUGUCAAAAAAUUCCCAAAAAUUGACGCUCUCGUUUACGGAUGGCAGUCUAGUUCCCAAUGCACUCGAUAACAACCCACAGACACGCCCCACCACGCCCGGCAGCAUCCAUAGCGGCGCUGGGGCGAGCGUUCGGGACUCUUCCCGACCUACCUCGCCCCGAUUCCGCCGUCGAUCCUCUCAAAAACGGUUCUCUCUUGUUGCUGGAAGAGUCUCGUACACGCCUCCACCCUCGCCGCCGCCAGACGCGUCCAUCUCACACAAUCCCAAUGCCCCGAAACUCUUGCGGCUCGCGAGCACAUCAUCGUUUAUGAGCGUCAAUAGUGCUAUCGCAGCUCCUCCAACACCAGGCGUGUCCCAUUAUACCGGAGACAGGAGCAUCGCCGAGUUUGUCGUGAAAGGCGAAAUCGGCAGAGGUGCGUACGGUCUCGUCAAGCGUGGACACGAAGUCAUGUCCGAUGGGUCAUGGGGGCCCGAAAUCAUCAUCAAGCAGGUCAUUAAGUCGCGCAUCCUCGCAGACUGCUGGAAGAAGCAUCCUACUCACGGCACAAUCCCGAUAGAGAUUUAUGUCAUGCUCGCAGUCUCCUCUGCAUCCUAUCGACUCCCCGCACUCCGACCCUGGGAUCCGUCGCGCACCAUUCCCUCGGCACCUACUAGCCCGGCCGCAACGGCAGAAAAGGUGCCGCCAUUGUGGAAAGAGGGCGAUUUGGUCAAUGGGCAUCCCAACGUUUGCCAACUCCUCGACUUUUUCGAAGACAGAAACUUUUAUUAUCUCAUCCUUCCGUCCUUUCUCCCACCGGCAGACGGAGAGCCUCGACCAAAGGACUUGUUUGACCUCGUCGAGGUGCAUCCACAGGGGCUACCAGCCUACUUGGUACGCACCUAUCUCGGCCAGAUUGCCGAUGGCAUGGCGUUUCUACAUCAAAGAGGCAUCGUCCAUCGUGACAUCAAGGAUGAGAAUGUCGUCCUCAGUGCAGAUGGAAGCCAUUGCUGGCUGAUAGACUUUGGGAGCGCUGGAGUCGUCAGGAAAAAGGGAUGGAAUAGCUUUAGUGGAACACUCGACUAUGCGAGCCCCGAGAUCUUGCGUGGCGAAUUUUACACGGGCAAAGAGCAAGAUGUUUGGGCAUUUGGCGUCGUCGCCUACGUUCUCUUGGUCGGCGAAUGUCCGUUUGCAACAGCGACAGAUGCCCAAGUUGGCCUCGAUACGGGGACAACUGCGUGGGAGAAUCUGGAGGCGCGCUGUGGACGGGGUAAUGAGCGUGAGGGACUCGAGGCCGACGACGGGGGUGCGCUCGAAGAUGCGGCCGCCCUUGUCCGUGCAUGUCUCCAUGUUGAGGCUGCGGAUAGACCUACUUUUGAUGAGAUUAUUCAGCAUCGGUUCCUCUGUGGGCGCGUAGGAUGGGGAGGCGAGCGGCCACCGCGUAGUCCGACGUCGUCGACGGAAGGUCUCUAG